AGUGUUUGUAGACUCUUCGAAUGAUUUGCUGUCCCGGUCCAUCAACUCUCGAAAAAAGCCUUUCAGUUCCCCAUUGUGAUUUGAUUUGCAUUUUUUUUUAAGGAAUAGAUGCGUUUCAGAGAGUGGCUCCGUAAUAAAUGCGAGAACUCUCAGUUGCUUAAUUGUCCACAGACAUAAGUGUCAUGGAACCCCAGACUCUCAUGUGUCUACCCAGGCGUCGGAUAUACCGCUUUCAGUAACUCGCUGGUCCAGACCAGCUCCAUACCGGCUCAUUCGUAAAAUUUUGAGUUUAUGGGCGUGUGCUAAGACAGCCCGCCCCAGACCGGUGCUAUUUUGACGCUGCUAUAAUUCAGCAGCACGUAGAGACUAGCGGCAUCAUCUAUGUGCCCGAGCAUUUGCCGAGUAGGCCUCAUAAAUCCUCCAACCAGAAUUACAAAACUUUGGCAACCUUAGACAGUUUCCUACGAGCACACCAGAAAUGGCCGUACCGAGCGACUACACAUUGACGAGGGAGGAAGCUCUAAGUUUCUUGAGAGAUGUCUUGAUGAUAGAGUCCGCAGUCUCCAAGCUCCAAUCGGACAAACUCACUUUCCUCGAUGAGUUGAUCACUGCCAUGGGACAUCACAUCCCAUACCAGACUGUCAAAGGCAUCGCAACGCACCCGGAUAAUCGGAUAUUACCAACGGCAUCGGAUAUCAAGAGAGAUAUAACCUCCAAAGUUGGAGGCCUCUGCUAUCAACUCAAUAUAUUCUGCUGGAUGUUGCUUCGUGCUCUCGAUUUUGACGCCUUUCUCGUCUCGGGUGAUUACAUGCACCACAAAGACCACCACGUUAUGGUGAUUAUUGAUAGCCUUACUGGAAAUGGUUCAAAACAUUUCUUCGAUGUUGGAUUAGGUUAUCCGACUCUUCAACUGAUUCCUCUUGAUUUCGAGGAGGAAUCGCCUGUAUACUUCGACUCCUACAUGCGAUAUCGAUUCAUCUGUCAAGGAAGCAAAGUGCUAACCCUCCAGCUAAGCGUCGAAACAAAUCCAGCUCAAGCUUACCACGUGAAGCCAGAAUACAUCCGUGAUGGUUGGAUUUCGUUUAUUUUCAUCUACGUCGACCAACCGGUUACAAUUUCCCAUUUCAACCAUUCGAUGACGGAUAUCUUCACGGUUGCUGAUCCGGAAAACUGCUAUCUAACCAGCUUGCGUUGUUUGACCUACCCGAAUGGUCGUCUUACAUGCAUCAAGGAUUCCAAACUUCUGCUCGAGGACGAAGAGCAUCAGGUGCAGGUUACUCGUUUCCGGUCACGUGAUGAGGUAUUGGACGCCUUUGUCAGAUAUUUUCCACAAUUGCCUGUCGAAAUGGUGAAAACUGCGAUAAAAGAUUUUGAAUUUGCCUUUGAAAGGAAAUAAUUGUAAACUUGUAGGACUAUUUUUACCCAAUUCUUGCAAGUUCUAUAUGUUUUUUUUUUCGAAUGCUGCAUGAACUUCCCAAGGGUUUUGUAACUUCGUGAUGUUGCAAUCGUUGAACACCAACAACUGACAGUAAGCAAAAAGCUACCAUUUGUAUACUUUAUGGGACAAACCUCCUGUAUGCUUGGGUCUGUGGCCCGUAACACAAAGCUUAGCAAUGAUCGUAGAAUAAUUUUCUAUAUACGAGUGAUUCAAUUGACUACAAUGUACAAUCAAUCGUAGAAAUCAAGCGUAUAUACGAUCGAUCGCUAACCUUUGUUUUACGCGACUCUGUUUGGCUGAGAGCAGUUUGUCGGUGUAGUCCCUGGAAAGUCCAUUCUCAAAACACUGUCCAGUGGCAAGGUUCAAAUACUCUGCCACAAAUUAUAUGACUCACAAAUGAGUGUUUAUAAGCCAUAGUUUAGCGUAUUCAGUAAUUCCUUAUAAAUGUCUACUCGUAUUGAAUUUAUGUAUCACAUAAAGUCUUUAGACUUCUUUUCCAGCAUCUCUUUAUUUUUUUAUCUGGCCUUUAAAGUAGACAACCGAAGAAUCUAAAUUAUUUUAUAGUGAC